UCGUGAACUUUAAAAAGGCGAGCGCGGCUUCCUUCUCCGACCUUCUCCCCAGCGGCUCGCUGAAGAGGAGGCGGCAGGGGCGUGUGUGAAGCCGGGUAAAGCGCCCAGAAACCGUGACGUGAAAGGCGGAUCGUGAGCAGCGGAGGAAGCGGCGGCGGAGCUCCUGUUCCUGAGACCGAGCUGCGGGAUGGCGGGGGAGGCGGCCACGGCGGGCCUGUGCGCGAGCGAGAGCGCCCCGCGGCAGGAGUUGGUGUCAUUUGAAGACGUCGCUGUGGACUUCACCUGGCAAGAGUGGCAGCACCUGGAUGCUGUUCAGCGAAACCUCUACAGAGAUGUGAUGCUGGAGAACUACAGCAGCCUGAUGUUCUUGGGUGAGCUAAACUCCCGGAACUGUAUCACCAAACCAGAUUUGAUUUUCAAAUUGGAGCAUGGAUUUGCACCAUGGAGUGCUGUAGGAGGCUCAAUUCAGAGGUUCCCAGAAUUAAAAAGUCAACAGAAAAUGUACUGGACAAAGUUUGAUGAUUUUAAGCAAUGCCAGAAUGCUGUUUUCCACAAGUUACAUCACACUUGGCAUCAAGAAUCAUGUGGGACAACCUUGAUAUCCAAGUCGCAUGUCACUGUGCAUCAGAGAAGUCACACAGCUGAGAAACCUUAUCAAUAUGGAAAAGCUUGCAUUACCAAUUCACAUCUCAGUGUCCAUCAGCAGACUCACACAGGUGAUGAGGUAUAUGAAUGUAGUGAAUGUGGAAAAGCUUUCAUCUCCAAGUUACAACUCACUAAACAUCAGAGAACUCAUACAGGUGAGAAGCCAUACAAAUGCACUGAAUGUGGGAAAGCCUUUAUGUUCAAGUCAGAUCUCACUAUCCAUCACAGAACUCACACUGGUGAAAAGCCAUAUGAAUGUCCUGAAUGUGGGAAAGCCUUCAUGUACAAGUCAAAUAUAACUAGGCAUCAGAGAACUCACAAAGGUGAGAAGCCAUUUGAAUGUAAUGAAUGUGGGAAAGCCUUUAUAUGUAAGUCAGAUCUCACUAGACAUCACAGAACUCACACUGGUGAAAAGCCAUAUGAAUGUACUGACUGUGGGAAAGCCUUCAUGUGCAACUCACAUAUCACUAGGCAUCAGAGAACUCACACAGGCGAGAAGCCAUACAAAUGUACUGAAUGUGGGAAAGGCUUUAUGCAAAAGUCAAAUCUUACUACGCAUCAGAGAACUCAGGCCUGUAAAAAGCGACAUGAAUGUACUGAAUAUGGUAAAACUGUCAUGUCCAAGUCACAUCUCACUAAUCAUCAGAGAAAUAACACAGGCGAAACUCCAUAUGAAAGUAAUGAAUGUAGGAAAACCGUUAUGUUAAAAACUCAACUCUCUAUUCAUCAGAGAACUCACACAGAUGUGAAACCACAUGAAUGUACUGAAUGUGGGAAAGCCUUUACAUUCAAUUCAGAGCUCAUGAGGCAUCAUAGAACUCACACCAGUGAAAAGCCAUAUAAAUGUACUGAUUGUGGGAAAGGCUUUAUAUGCAAGAAAAAUUUAACUAAGCACCAGAGAACUCACACCGGUCAAAAGCUGCAUGAAUGUACUGUGUGUCAGAAAACCUUCCUGGCCAAGUCACAUCUCACUGAGCAUCAGAGAACUCACACAGGUGAGAAACCAUUUAAAUGUACUAAUUGUGGGAAAGACUUCAUGUUUAAGUCAAGUUUCACUAGGCAUCUGAGAAUUCACAAAUGUGAGAAGCCAUGUGAAUGUACCGAAUGUAAGAAAACCUUCAUGUUCAAGUCACAACUUAUUAUACAUCAGAGAACUCACACAGGGGAGAAGCCAUACAAAUGUGCUGAAUGUGGGAAAGCCUUUAUGUGCAAGUCAAAUUUCACUAUGCAUCACAGAACUCACACUGGUGAAAAGCCAUAUGAAUGUAAUGACUGUGGGAAAGCCUUCAUGUUCAAGUCAAGUUUCAAUAGGCAUCUGAGGAUUCACAAAGGUGAGAGACCAUGUGAAUGUACUGAGUGUAAAAAAACCUUCAUGUUCAUGUCACAACUCACUCUACAUCAGAGAACUCACACAGGGGAGAAGCCAUACAAAUGUACUGAAUGUGGGAAAGCCUUUAUGUGCAAGUCAACUCUCACUAAGCAUCAGAAAACUCACUUCCGUGAAAAGGCAUAUGAACAUUCUGAACAUGGGAAAGCCCUCAUAUCCAAGUCACAUCUCCUUAAUCAUCAGAGACCUCACACAGGUGAAAAGUCAUAUGAAUGUAGUGAAUGUAGGAAAACGUUCAUGUUCAAGUCACAACUCAGUAUACAUCAGAAAACUCACACAGGUGCAAAGCCAUAUGAAUGUAAUGAAUGUGGAAAAACCUUCAUGUUCAAGUCACAACUCAGUAUACAUCAGAAAAUGCACACAGGUGAAAAGCCAUAUGAAUGUAAUGAAUGUGGGAAACCCUUCAUGUUCAAGUCACAACUUAGUAUACACCAGAGAACUCACUCUGGUGAAAGGCCAUAUGAAUGUAAUGAAUGUAGGAAAACCUUCACAUCCAAAUCACAGCUCAGUGUACAUCAGAAAACCCACACAGGUGAAAAGCCAUAUGAAUGUAAUGAAUGUGGGAAAACGUUCAUGUUCAAGUCACAACUUAGUAUACACCAGAGAACUCACUCUGGUGAAAGGCCAUAUGAAUGUAAUGAAUGUAGGAAAACCUUUACGUCCAAGUCAAAACUCAGUAUACAUCAGAAAACCCACACAGGUGAAAAGCCAUAUGAAUGUAAUGAAUGUAGGAAAACCUUCACAUUCAAGUGUCAACUCAUUGUGCAUCAGAGAACUCACACAGGUGAGAAGCCAUAUAAAUGUAUCAAAUGUAUGAAAGCCUUUAUAAGAAGUUCACAUCUCAUUAGGCAUCAAAGAACUCACAUUGGUCAAAAGCCACAUGAAUGUACUGACUGUGGGAAAGCCUUCAUUGCCAAAUCACAUCUCACUGAGCAUCAAAGAACUCACAGGUGAGAAGCCAUAUGGAUGUACUGACUGAAAGCCUUCGUGUUCAAGUCAUAUCUCAUUAACCAUCAGUAUACUCACACAGGUGGAAAGCCAUAUGAAUGUACUGAAUUGUUAAAGUGUUCAUGUUCAAGUAAAAUCUCUUCACACAUCAGAUAUCUCACACAGUUGAGAUGCCAUUUAAAUUCAACGAGAUUUGGAAAGCCAUUAUCUGCAAGUCACAUCUUACUAAUCAUCAGAGUACUCACACAGAUGAGAAGUGAUUUAAAUGCCAAGAAUGUUCAAGAUUAUUUGCAAGUACGUCUCUUUUAUACACCAGAGGAUUGACACCUUUCAAAAGCCAUAUGGAUGUUCUAAAUGUGGCAAAGCUUACCUCACCAACUCACAUGUCACUGUGCAUCAUCAAACUCAUGUAGGUGUGAAGUCAUGAAUGUACUAAAUGUGGGAAAGCAUUGAUCUGCAAGUUACAACUCUGCAUCAGAAAAGUCACAUGUGAGAAGGCAUUUAAAUGCAGUGAAUGUUGGAAAUUCUUCAUCUGCAAGUUACAGCUCAGUAUACAUCACAGAACUAACAAAGGUGAGAAGCCAUACCAAUGUAAUGAAUGUCUGUAAGACAUUUCUGUGUUUAAGGAUGGAAAUCCUGAUACGUAGUAGAAUAGCAGGAAUAGCAGUGGUCAGUCUGAAAUUAGGAGAGGUAUGUAAUAACAAUACAAAAGUGUGUUACUGUUCUCUUUUGGUGACUCACCUAUCGUUUUUGGAAGUAAAAGGUAGGAAAAAGGGAUCAGGAAGUACAGACAGCCUUAAGAUUGCCACUUUGCAACUAAGGGAAAUCUUUAAGUUCUAUGGUGCCAAAAAUGGAUCUAUCAAGUUGAAAAGUAUGUCAGUGAAAUUGCUUGGAAUUUUUGGGAAUUGCCACCAAGGAAUGCUGCUUAUCCUGGUGAAGUUUGGUUUCCCUAUAAAGCUAGCAUUCAGGUCCCGAGGGAUUAAAUUUGUAGAACAGCUUAUUAUUAUUGUCACUAUUAUUACUUUUUGCUCGGGCUCCCAAGGUACAGCUGCAUAAUUUGAAAUUUUUCCUGUUUGUUUUCCCAAUUCUUGUCAGUAUUUCCUUGCUACACCUUCCAUUUGCAGUGGAAAUAUUUAUAUCAUUGUGUUUUGUAAAUAACUUACUAUACUUUGAGUGAACAAGGUUUAAAAUUAAUAGAGUUUCUAGCAUCUCAGUUUAAAUGUUGGACUUUUCAGUUUUGAGCUGUAUCAUAUUUGCUAAAGACUAUGGAGCCUUUUAUAUCAGACAUAAGUAAUCAUAAAAUUAUCAUGGGUUUAUUUGGGCCAGGGGAAAAUUUUGGAUGUUUGAAUGUAACUUUUCUCCUCUAGCAUCCUGUUUAUGUUCAAUUCAGGCUGACCUGUAAUUCACUAUCUUCUCUCAGGCUGGUCCCUAACUCAUAGUCAUCUGUGUAUGUCUGCUUCCUGAGUGCUGGAAUUAAAGGCCUA